UCUUAUACCUAUCGGAUUUGGACAGCGCAUGGCGCUUCCCCACGAACCUCCACGAUUUUACAUUGGGAUUUGUCUGUUCUUUUUUCUUCUUCUCAAGUCACCGCUUAUUUUUUCUUCAUUUCUGAGACUGUGCAUAAGGUAUUGGGAUCCAAGGCAAAAGAGGUUGGCGUUUUUUUGUAUGACUCGGGCCUCCUUUUAUUCUUUUUGGUAUCCUUAUUAUUUGCUUUGCUUUGCUUUGCUUUUUCUCUUCCUGGUUUGCGCUUGGCGAUUUGAUUUGCUUGUACCACUCGGGACUGGACUGGUUGAAUUUAGGGGAGCAAGGAACCGACUUGAUACCAUUUUUGUACAGGUGUCCCCUUUGAUUUAUGCUGAUGUUGACGUUGAUGUCUGAUAAGAAUCGAAUUGAAGUGAACUGAU